UUGCCUGUUCACAAACUAAUUCACGAUGCAACAACUCGUUGGAACUCCACAUACGACAUGUUAGAAUGUUAUGUGGAGCAACAGGCUGCCAUCUACUCUGCCGUAAUGGACAAGUAUAUGAAGAAGAAAGUCAAGGACAUUGCAUUGUUAACUGAAAGUGAGACAAAACUGGCAGAGGGUCUCAUUAAUAUUCUCAAACCUCUGAAGAAUGUAAUCACCCUCAUGAGCACCGAAACAUCCCCAUCAGUUUCAACGAUUUACCCACUGCAGAAGAUGAUACUGAAAUCCAUGACAUCAAGUGCAGAGGACAGUACCACCAUCAAAGAAGCUAAGGCAGGCAUCACUAAAGACCUUAAAGGCAGACACAAUGACCCUGGUGUUCAGGAUUAUCUGCACAGAGCCAAAGCACUUGAUCCAAGAUUCAAGUCCCUGCCUUACCUGGAAGAAGCCUGUGUUCAGAAAAUCUACGAUGAUCUAACCACGGACAUUGUGGACAUUGAAAAGCAGGGUCAAAGCAGUGAAGCCCAAGCGGCCAGUUCAUCCUCAGGAGCGCUGCCAGGGCCAUCAGAGACCUCUCCUCCCCAGAAAAAAAUCUGCCAUGGCAAUAGUAUUUGCAGAUUUUUUUAAAACAGAGGAAAGAAGAACAAAGCCUUUGACAGACAUCAUUCAUGAAGAGGUCACCACAUACAAGGCCACAGGCUGCAUCUCUGUGGAUGAAGACCCACUCGCAUGGUGGAAGAGCAAUGAGCAUAAGUAUCCUCACAUUGUUAAGUUAGCCCAACAUAACCUCGCUGUCCAAGGUUCAUCUGUGCCAAGUGAAUUUGUUUUCUCAACGGCUGGGGACAUAGUCACUGCAAGUAGGUCUCGCCUCUUGGCAAAAAAUGUGGACAAACUGAUAUUCUUGCAGAAGAAUACGAAAAUUAAGUGAACAGAGGAGUGUUUUUUUAUGCAACAUUUUUUAGCAAUUUUGAUAGCCAGCAUUUUU